AUGGAUUUUACAACAAUUAAUGGUAACAAUAAUAAUUAUCAAAAACAAAUUGAGGAUACUAAUUGGACAGAAAAUGAUUUAAAUAUUGUUGAUGGACAAACAAUUGAUGAUUUAUUUAAACAAGGAAUUGGAUUAACUUAUAAUGAUUUUAAUAUACUUCCUGGAUUUAUUGACUUUGUUGUAACUGAUGUAGAUUUAACAACAAAUUUAACUAAAAUGAUUAAACUUAAUACACCCCUGGUUUCGUCCCCAAUGGACACUGUGACUGAGAGCGAAAUGGCUAUUGCUAUGGCGUUAAAUGGUGGAAUUGGGAUUAUUCAUGCAAAUUUUCAAUCUGCACAGUCCUCAAUAUUUACGGGUACUCCAGUUACCUCAACAGGAUAUGUCGGGUCAAAAUUACUUGGAUUGGUUACUUCUAGAGAUAUUGACUUUAUUAGAAGGGAGAAUUAUGCAACUACAAAAAUUGCAGAUGUAAUGGUUCCUAGGGAUCGAAAACUUCCAAUUGUUAAUGAAAAUGAUGAAUUAAUAUCGUUAAUUGCUCGUUCUGAUUUAAAAAAGGCGAGAGAAUUUCCUCGUAGUUCAAUUGAUAAUAAAAAACAAUUAAUGGUUGGGGCAGCUGUAAAUACAAGAGAAGGGGCUAAAGAAACAAUUAAAGAAUUGGUUAAAGCCGGAGUUGAUGUUCUUGUUAUUGAUUCUUCUAACGGUGCAAGUAUAUAUCAAUUAGAAUUACUUUCCUGGAUUAAACAAAAUUUUCCUGAAUGGCCACAAGUAAUUGCUGGAAAUGUUGUAACAAUGAAUCAAGCUAAAUUACUUAUUGACGGAGGGGCAGAUGCUUUACGUGUAGGGAUGGGUAGUGGAAGUAUUUGCACAACACAAGAGGUUUGUGCUGUUGGUCGUGCACAGGGUUCUGCUGUUUAUAAUGUUUCUCGAUAUGCAAGAUUAAGAGGAGUGCCAGUAAUUGCAGAUGGAGGAAUUAGAGAUAUUGGUUAUAUAACAAAAGCAAUGGCAUUAGGCGCCUCAACUGCAAUGAUGGGUGGAUUGUUGGCUGGAACAAACGAAGCUCCAGGCGAAUAUUUCUGGGGAUCAACAGGUGUACGUCUAAAGAAAUACAGAGGAAUGGGUUCCUUGGAUGCUAUGGAGACAAAUGCUACAAGUCAAGAAAGAUAUUUUACUGGUGGAAAUGAAAAUAUAAAAGUUGCACAGGGGGUUUCUGCAGCUCAACGUGAUAGAGGCAGCUGUUUCAAAUAUGUUCCAUAUAUUAUUCGAGGUAUCCAGCAUGGACUUCAAGAUAUUGGUGUUCGUAAUUUUGAUGAAUUAAGGAAUUGACAGCGGAAAAAUUAGAUUGGAACGUCGAACACAUAAUGCACAACUUGAAGGGGGAAUACAUUCAAUACAU